UGUUACGCCCCCCACGCCGACGCCGCCGCCGCCGCCGCCGCCGUCGCCACCGCCGUUGUCCCACUUUCGCCGUCGGCCCCACUGAUUCCAUUGUGUAUUGUAGAAUCUCCCGGUGCCACGAGAGAAACGUUCUGUUGCACGCCCACCUGUGUUCCUCGGCGCCUUCGCAUCCCUUGUGAGCACCCCUGCUGCUGGUAUCGUACGAGAGGUUUCGAGAGGUCCUGGCGGAAACCAGUGGUAAGGACCCGGAAUAUCGUCUGCAGUGAGAGGGCUUCGCCUUUUCAUUCAGCGAGAUCACCUUCUGCAGCUCUGCCUUGGGUCCCAUUCGGUGACUGAUCAGCGUAACGGGUGCUCGCAGCGCUUUCACAUAAACAGAAUGGUAAGCUCCAGAAAGGUCCUCCAGACGGCCCUGCUGGUGCUGCGUGUCUUGCUGGUGCUCGUGCUGCUCGGCGUGCCUCCCGCCGCCGACUCCGCUGCCAACAAGGUCACCAUCUGUAUCAAGAACUGUGCCCAGUGCAAGCUGAUGUACCACGACCACUUCAAGGGUGGCCUCUGCGCCGAGUUCUGCCUCCAGGUGGAAGGGCGCUUCAUACCCGACUGCGCGAACCCACAGGACCUCAUCCCGUUCUUCCUGGAGAGAUUAGAGUGAUUGUCAGGGGCCGAGUCGCGCCUCCGCUUCAACCCUCAACCCGCCAACACGUCCUCCGCUUUUCCGUGCACUCCGCGGAUAAGAUCCUGGAUGGUGUUCGCUGAAAUUCGCUGACUCUCUUCGGCUGAAAAGAUUGGUGCGAGAUCACGUGGGGAGCUUCACUUCGACGCUCCCUCAAGAUUAUCGACGCCCAUGGUCUGUCGUGCAUGGCCUGUCGGUGUGGAUUUACUGUCAUCCGUUUUCCGUUGUGUAUAUAUUCACAGUCUGUUGACAAUUUACUCUUCUCAUUACAUUUACUACAGUCGUAGGAAUCAUGCUCGUGAUAUUCACAAAUCAUUCCAUUACUUCAACAAAUCAAAAAAGUUUAGAUAAUAGAUUGAAGAUAAAGCAAAAUCCAGAAAAAUAUAGAUGGUAAUUAUAUUUAAAUAGAUUGUAAAUACCUAUCUAUAAUUAUUAUAUAUUUUGAAUAAAUUUCUGAAAAUA